ACAUCUUCUUCCUCUGUCGAGUUAGGGUUAUGGCACAAUUUACUGCACUAGACAGAAACCUAAGUAAGGGUACUACUACUACUAAUAAUAAUAUUGAUAAUAGGAAUAACAGUGGAGCAGCAAGAACCAAACGCAGCAAGAGAGCGUGUGUUGCGUUUAUGGGACAUAAAAAAAUCAGGAAACAGCUUUUUGGCUGUGCAAGGACCAACAGCCCGCUGAUGAGGCUCCUGGCCAAGGAGUGACCUGCCCUCCCCCUCCGGAUCCGGUCCUGGCCGCGUCAUUUUCGAAACUGUUUCUCCGACGCUUCUACCAGAAACUGAGACUGUUUCCCAAGGCGGACGCCGCCCAGCCGCCCCGGGCGGAAGCCAUGGGGAGCGUGCGGAGCCACCGUUACAGCAUCGUGUCCUCCGAGGAGGAGGGCGGAGUGAAGCUGGCCGACAUGGUCGUCCCCAACGGCUGCGGCAACGGCAAGGCCGAGCACCGGCGCCAGAGCCGCUUCGUGCGCAAGGACGGCCACUGCAACGUGCACUUUGUCAACAUGAGCGAGAAGGGCCAGCGCUACCUGGCGGACAUUUUCACCACCUGCGUGGACAUCCGCUGGCGAUGGAUGCUGCUCGUCUUCUGCCUCUCCUUCCUGAUCUCCUGGCUGUUCUUCGGCCUGGUCUUCUGGCUGGUGGCACUCGGCUACGGCGACCUGGACGGCGACACGCAGAUGUGCGUCUCCAACGUGGACAGCUUCACCGCCGCCUUCUUGUUCUCCGUGGAGACGCAGACCACCAUCGGGUACGGAUACCGCUACGUGACGGAGGAGUGUCCCGUCGCCGUCUUCAUGGUGGUCUUCCAGAGCAUCGUGGGGUGCAUCAUCGACGCGUUCAUCAUCGGCGCAGUCAUGGCCAAGAUGGCCAAGCCCAAGAAGAGGAACGAGACGCUGGUGUUCAGUCACUACGCCACGGUGGCCAUGAGGGACGGGAAGCUGUGCCUCAUGUGGCGGGUGGGGAACCUGAGGAAGAGCCACUUGGUGGAAGCCCACGUCAGGGCGCAGCUCCUCAAGUCAAGGACGACGGCGGAGGGCGAGUUCAUCCCUCUGGACCAGGUGGACAUCGACGUGGGUUUCGACAGCGGCAUCGACAGAAUCUUCCUGGUGUCGCCCAUCACCAUCGUGCACGAGAUCGACGAGGACAGCCCCUUCUACGAGAUGGGCAAGCAGGAGCUGGAGACGUCCGAGUUCGAGAUCGUGGUCAUCCUGGAAGGCAUGGUGGAAGCCACCGCCAUGACCACGCAGUGUCGCAGCUCCUACGUGGCCAGCGAGAUCCUCUGGGGCCACCGCUUCGAACCGGUGCUCUUCGAGGAGAAGAACUACUACAAAGUGGACUACUCGCGCUUCAACAACACCUACGAGGUGUCCGGCACGCCGCACUGCAGCGCCCGGGAGCUCGCCCGGAAGACGUCCGACGCCUCCAGCCUCAGGAACUCCUUUUGCUACGAGAACGAGGUGGCCCUGGAGAAAAUCGAGAUGGAGGAGGAAUCGCGGGAAGUGGAGAGCGCAGCCGCGACGGGCGUCCCGGAGGGUCCGCCGCCGGCCUCGGACUCGGAACACAAUCCGGACUCUUUGCCUUUGGAAUCAAGACCUUUGACUGCUGAAUCGGAAAUUUGAAAGAGCGCUUUCACACCCGGGCAUGCGAACCCCUUGCUGCCCGACUCAGCAAUAAUCCUAUAGCAGUUAACUUAACACACGUCUGUUUAUGUACGAUAUUAUGAUGACGCAAUAGUCCAAAUACCCUUCUUGAAGUAAAUAUGCAACACAAUUCCCACCUCUCGUGGCCUACAUGUCGCACCUUUGUGACUAAAAUGAAAAUGCAGUCAUUAAUAUACACACAGUACAACGUAUAAUCACAUUCAAUACAACAACUGUGUCAAAAAUUCCGCCUUUUAUUCAUCGAUAUUUGGGUAACACUUUAGUAUGGGGAACAUGUUGUAAGUAACAAAGACUUAAGGGUUAGGGUUAGGGUUCGGGUUAGUGCAUACUUGCCAACCCUCCCGAAUUUUCCGGGAGACUCCCGAAAUUCAGCGCCUCUCCCGAAAACCCCCCGGGACAAAUAUUCUCCCGAAAAUCUCCCGAUUUUCAGCCAUGCGGACCUGAGUGAGGACAGCCUUUUCUUUAUGACAACAGGGUGACAAGAACUAAAUCAUCCAGACUAGAGAUAAAUUGUAUUAUUAUGUUUAUCUUACCUAAAAAUAAAUAUAUUUAUUAAUUAAAAUAAAAUAAAAAAAUACAUUUUUACUAUAUUUUGAUAAAAACAUCAAAAUUAAUUGUAUUUUUAUUUGUAUUUUUUCUGACUCCUUAUUACA